AUGAAAACAUUUUAUUCUCUCGAUUACCUAUAUAACCAAUUAAAUAACCCCCUAAUCCCAAUUCCUUAAAAAGACCACGAAAAAUCUUUAAAGUUAUUAAAGAUUCUCGACCAAGAACAAAUAAACAUUCAAAAAUUAAAAUCAAAAUCAAAAAAAGGUAUUCCUAAUACAAUAAAAGGUUUACGUCCAUUAAUAUGGAAAAUAUUAUUAAAUUAUUUACCAAAAUAACGUUAAAAAUGGGUCUAAACAUUAUAAAACAGUUAAUAAAGUUACAUAUAAUUUUUAUAAGAUUUUUUGAAAAAAAUAAAUAAACCCGAAGAAAAUAAAAACAUAACUGACCAUCAUCCAUUAAAUACCCAAGAAAAUAAUAUAUGGACAUAAUAUUUUCAAGAUCAUGAGAUUUUUAGUUAAAUAGAAAAAGAUACAGAAAGAACUCGAUAAGAAAUCGAGUUUUUUACAAAACUAACUAUGAGAGAUGAUAAUAUAUACUAGAUUCCAUUCCAGACAUAAAUUAGACUUGAAAAAAUAAAAAAGUAAUAAACUUUAGAAGAAAGACAUUGUGAUGUAUUAAGUAGAAUUCUUUUCAUUUAUGCUAAAUUGAAUAAUGCUGUUUUGUAUGUUUAGGGUAUGAAUGAAAUUUUAGCGCCUUUAUAUUAUGUUAUGUAGGCUGAAAGAGAAUUUGAUUUAAAUUUUUUACAUUUAUAUAUAUAAGAUGAACUCUUUUAAACUGAGUGUGGGGCUUUCUAUAUAUUUACACAUCUAAUGAGCUUCAUUAAAGAUCGUUUUAUAAGAGAACUUGAUGAUUAUUAAUAAGGAAUAAGAAGUAAGUGUUUCGAGUUUAGAUCUUUUUUGCACAAAAACGACUCUCAAUUAGCUGCGCAUUUCGAUAAAAUGGAUGUUGAUCCUCAUUUCUAUGCUUUAAGGUGGAUUCUGUUACUUUUUACAUAAGAGUUUUCAAUUGAUAAAGUCAUAUAGCUUUGGGAUUGUCUUUUUUCAUAAGACAAUAUGAUAAAAUAUAUAUAUUAUAUUGGACUAGCUAUUUUAAAAAUAAAAAGAAAAUAACUUAUGUCUAAUGAUUUUGCUGUUAUUAUGGUUUGUCUAUAAUAAAUAAGUCAUUUAAAUAUUAAUUAAAUUAUACAAGAAGCGAAUUUUAUUUAAAAUUAGUUUUAAUGA